UGCCUCGUCGACGCUUACCGUUCACAGAUUUGGUUGUCUUACUCUCCACUAUGUCUGUCGCGAACAUCAACGUCAAUAAUGUUCCUAAUGAUGUCGAUAUCUUCGAGUCUGUUGUGAUGCAAGAAGAAAGUUCUGUGAAGGCAGGUUAUUUGGCUGGUUUGAACCAUGGUACUGAAAAGGGUCAAGAAGACGGUUAUCAACUUGGACAUUCCUUGGGAUGCAGUGUUGGAAAUGAGAUCGGCUUCCUACAAGGAUUUGUCUCAACAUGGUUGGCAUUACUUGACCAAUCUCCUGAUACUAAAGAGAAAACUUCCAAGGCAUUAACAUCUCUGCAAACUCUUCUUGGUAAAUAUCCUCUGGGAACUGUGAAUAGCACAUGUGUCACAGACCUGAAAAUGAUCCAAGCAAGAUUUAAAAAGGUUGUGUCUUUGCUGGGUAUAAAUAUCAGUUGGAGUCACACGGCAUCCAAACAAGAAAGCUUAUCGUUUUAGCAAUCUGCUUUGUUUUGCUGGGGUUUUUUUUUUUGGUUUUUUUUUUUUUUUCUUUGCGAGGAGGACAAGAGAGAGAAAGGGAUUCUGAUGCCUGAACUGUGUGAAGAAAAGAUGAAGAAACCUCUGCAUUGAGACAACUUAUGGUGACUGUGUCUAAUGUUUUAUUCCUUAUACCCAAGAUACCUCACUGGACCAAAUGCUGAACUGCAUUUACUCCAAUUUUGCAUUCUGCAUUGAAGUUCCGCCAGGGUCAACUUUGCCUUUCAUCCCUUCAGGGAGUUGAUAAAAUAAGUACCAGUUGCAUACUGGGAGGAGGGAGGGGGGCUCGAUGUAAUCGACUCAACCCCUCCCCCAAAAAACUAUUGACCUUGUGCCAAAACACUUGAAACUAAUAUUUAUUUCUACACGACUCAGUGCCACACAAGAAUCUCUGAUUCAUUCUUAAUAUUAAUGUUCUUCCUGUGAAAAUUGGGGUUUAAGUUUUUGCAGGAUGACGGAAGUAAUGGGGAGGGGGGUGUUGCUUUGUUUUUUUGUUUGUUUGUUUUUGUAUUUUUGUCUUUGUUAUUUUAUUGGCAGUAAUUUCGAUGUGUGUGAAUUUUGUAAAUGUAAGUAAGAACUUGAUUCCAUUACCAAAAAAAAAAAAUGUUUGCUGCAAGUCAUCAUUGAUUUCUUAUAACACCUGUCUGCUGUUAAUUCUAUUUGUGAAUGUGGACUUAAGUUUCCAAUCGAAAUUAAAUUUGGUGGGGAAUGGUUAUAACUUGCAGACACAACACACAAGUCUGAAGUUUGAUGACCAAAGAGUGGCAAAUUCAAAGCAAUUAGUAAAAAAGAAUAUUAGCUUUGGUGUGGCAGAACUAAUUAACAAGUGACUACUGACCUAAAAAAAACAAAAAAAGACUAAGUCAAAAUUUGACUGUGACAAACAAAUCAAAACAUGAUGGUAAUGGUCAAAGAAACCUGCAUUUAGAACCACAUGUGUAUGUAUGUAUAUCUCGUUAAUUAAUCUGUCUGCCUAUCUAUCUAUCUAUCUAUAUAUAUAUAUAGAUUUAGAUUUAGAUUCAAAAUUGAAUAUGGUACUUAUGUUUAGGCACCAGAAUAUAGUAUGGUAUUAUCCAAAAAGCAUUCUAAAAGCGAGGUGAUCAAAAAAAUCAAAAUAACCAACACGGAUUUUAAAGAUGAUUGCAGUACACACGUUUCAUGCUACUCCAUUUAUAUAAAUGGAGUAGCAUGAAACGUGCGUACUGCAAUCAUUUUUAAAAUCCGUGUUGGUUAUUUUGAUUUUUUAUCUAUCUAUAUAUCUAUAUCUUUCUAGAUAGACAGAUAGAAAGUUUCAUGUAUGGAAGCCAGUUUAAUAGGUGCCAUGCCUGAAGCUUUUGGCUCCUGAGUCACUUUAUAACUUCUGCCCAUUAAAAAUAAUACCUACAUACAAAAUAUAUGUGUGUGUGUGUGAUAUAAUUUUAUAUUUAAAAAGAUAAUCAUUUCCAUGUCAUCAUCAUUUGAUAAUUUUAGAUGGGUGUUUCUUUUUUCUCAUACUGGCAUGAAUUAAAACGGGUUUCAUCAACAGACAUGGUCCACAUCAUUAAACACACACACACACACACAUGGCAGCAGCCACUUGGUUGGAGUGGGGUUCUUACAUGUUUUGCAGUGUGGACUGGUGCAUUUUAUGAAGCCACCAGCACCUCAGUGAAAUUGCUCGAUGUGAGAUAGAGUCCACAAAACAGGAAUUAGUUUUCCUGACAUUGUAAUCAACCCACAUUGACAAAACAAACACUAACAAAUACAGGCGGGCUGGAAAAAAUCAUUGUCGUGAACUAUCUGCUCAAAGGGAAAAAAAAUUUUAAAUGUCCUGCAAACAUCCAAAAUUCAGAGCUUUACCCAACCCCAGACUUGUAGUUUGUGAAGAAUGAAUUUUAAAAAAAUAAUCUUUCAUGAAGAUCCUAAUAACUCUAACCAUUCCAGUGACUCAAGAAUGUGUGUAUGUAUAUGCUAACUGUUGUUGCUUCAACAUCAGCUUCGAAAAAGAAAAAGAAAGAUGCUGCUUGUUUUGACUGCUUCUUAAUUCAUAUUGAAUUUCUAGUCAUUUUUUUUUUUUUUUUACUUUUCAUUUAAAAGAAAAUCUUUAUAAUUUUAAUAAAUUUUGCAAA